UUUGAGAUGUUGUUAACAUUGUGUUUGCCUUAAGUGGAGUCCAAGUGUGCUCCAAAGUGUUUAGUUGGCAAUUUACGCUCGUGGCGCAAGUUCCUCCAAACAAAAGAAAUCAUUGUGAUAAAAAAACAACAAAUACGUUUAUCACUACUAUUCAUUAAGAAAUAGUACUCUGAGUGCAUCCAUCAUUGAUUUUGUUUUAUGAAAAGAAAGACGCUAAAAUAAAAGCGCACCAAAACCAAAAAAAAAAAAAAAAAAAUACAACAACUACAAAACCAGCGAAAUAUAACUCGUAUUAUAAAUUCUCCUCACAUCUCCGUUUUGUGACGGGAGCAGAGUGAAAGAAAAAAUCACCGACUGUUAGAGCGUGAUUGUAUGUGCGUUUCGAGUGUGUGACAUUUUCGGAACAGUGCACCAAACUGUGUGAACUCCAACGGAGCCAACAUUCUUCUGUUGCUGCUACGGCUGUUGUCGCCGUUCUUCUUUUGGAUUUUCAGCUUUAGAGUAGAAAUCCUUCAAAAAAUCUUUAGUCGUCUGGAACACUCAUAGAGAGGACAAUAAUUUCAAGAGAAAAAAGAAAAGGAUACAACAGCAGCAUACAAAAAUAACAACAAGAACAACAACAUCUUGCCAAACUUUGACUGAGGCAGACCGCAGUAAUAACUCAAGAAAGUAGCUGUUUGCCAGAAGGCGAAUAACCACCGAAAUUUCAUAACACCCAAGAAAAAGAUAACCACAAAAACCAACAGCAACAACGAAGCGACGACGAAGACAGCCAGGAAACAACGGCAUCCUCGAGUAACAUGUUGAAGAAAAUGGGCGGUUUAGGAUUCUUAUCCUGCGGCAUUUUGCUGUUAUGUAUUGUCAGCAAAGUCGAAUCCUAUUCAAAAUAUGGACGCGGUUGCGCUGACAUCGGUUGUUUGCCCAACGAGGAGUGUGUAAUUACAUCGGAUUCUUGUAGCUAUAAUCAGCGCGAUGGCAAGGAUUGUGGCAAUUAUCCAACUUGCAGGAAGAAGACAGGUGGCGGGGUUAGCACCUCUUCCUCUUCGUCAUCGGUUUAUCCUUCAGUAAUUAAUUCGCAAACUACAAACAAUGAUAAUCCCAGUGCUCCACCUGCGCCCAGUGCUCCGGCCUUUAAUACUGGCGGUUCGGGCGGUCAUAGCUUGUAUCCCAGUUUGCCGAGCGAUAAUCGUGGCUCUAUGGGUGGUGGCGGCGGUUAUCAACCAGGCGGUUACAAUCCAGGUGGUUAUGUGCCACCAGGCUAUCAAGGUGGUUAUGGUGGUUAUACUCCCCCAGCUCCAGGUUAUGGCGCACAAGGUGGUUAUGGUGGUGGUCAUGGUGGUUAUACUCCUCCAGCUCCGGCUCCCGGUCGCAAUCCCACCAAAGAAAAAGAAGGUGGUGGUGGUUUCUUCUCCAAUUUCCUAUCCAGCCCUGAGGUACGCAACGCUGUGACCGGUAUUAUUGCCGGACAAAUUGCAAAUACUUUGAGAGGUGGUGGUAAUCAACAACCCAAUCAACCCAGUGGCGGCUAUCAACCUAGUGGUGGUUAUACACCAAGCGGCGGUUAUGGUUCUGGUGGUGCUGGCGGUUCAUCAGGUGGCUCUUCUUCGGGCAGUACUGCCUCCAAUAUUUUGGGUGGUUUGUUGGGUAAUGUUUUGUCUGGCGGCGGUGGUGGCGGCAGCAGUGGUGGUAGCAGUGCCAGCAGCUUUUUGGGUAGCCUUUUGGGCGGUGGCGGCUCCAGUGGUGGCCACAGCAGCUCUGGUGGUCUGGGAGAUAUUCUAUCUUCCAAGAAUUUCGGUGGUCUCUUCAGUGAGAAUCCCUCCAAAUCGGGUUCCUCUUCUUCCUCGUCCAGCUCGAGCGGUGCCAAGAACUACCCCACUCAACCACCAGCAUAUGGCAACUACAUGGGAUACAAUGGCUAAAGAAAAACAAAAACCAAAGUUUGAAUUUUCCCUUCGCGCAAAAUGAAAUAUAUUUUGCCCAAAAAUUUAUAAUCGUAUUUUAUAACAAUUUAAUUUUUUUUUUUGGAGUUCUACUAACAUUUGUUUUUUCCUAUUUCUUAGUUAAAUAUAUAUUUCUUCCCAAAAAAAAUAAAUAAAUAAAACUAAUAACUAAAUAUAAAUAUAUACCAACAACUACAUACUCCUACAAUUUAAACAGAGAAUAUACAAUUAAGAAAGAUAAAUAAAAACAAUUAUUUUUAUUGAAAAAAAAAAACAGAAAAUCCAGAAACCGAGACCCUAACCAAAAUCCGUAAUCAAUGUAACUAUGAAAUUCUCAGACCAUAUAGAAACUGUGUACAUAACAUAACUCAAUCUUCCGAUACUCUUGAAAAACAUUCCAUAGACAUUUUUAGAAUAAAAUGAAUAAAUAAAAAUAAACAAUAAAAAAACAAUCACAAAUAGAAAA